AUGGGCUCCAUCUCCGUCACGCCUGAACCCACCAUCAUCGACAAUACCACCGCCAACGCCAAUCCAGUACCCAUAUUCCACGUCGUCCACUUCCGCUUCUACACGCACAUCCCGCCGUCCACGCGCGCCGACAUCUCGCACCAGUUCCUAUCACUGCAGUCGCGCUGCCUGUCGCCGCGCACGCGCAAGCCCUACAUCCGCUCCUUCACGGGCGGCCGCGACGUCAGCGUCGAGGACUUGCACAAGGGCUUCCACGCCGUCUUUGUCCUCGAGUUCGCUGACCAGAAAGACCGUGACUGGUACGUCCGCGAAGACCCGGUGCAUCACGCGUUCGGGGUCGAUGUGUUGACGGGCGUGGUGGAGGAGGUCAUGGUGGUGGAUUUUCAGAGAGGGCAGUUUUGA